UAUGAGUAAAGAAGUAUUGGAGUUAUAAGAAGCAUUAGAAUAUUAAGUGGAUGUUGUAUUAAGAUUGGAAGAUGAAAGACUAUUAUUAUAAAAGGAGAAUAAUUUAUAAAAGUAAUGUAGAUAUUUAAAUAUUAGGGAGAAAUUGAAAGAAUUGAAUACAAUGUUGUAAAAAUAUUUGGGAUAGCAAUUUCUUUAAAUAGAAAAACAUACACAAACUGAAUUACAAGAAAGAUAAAAUUUUGAGGUAUAGACAUAAGAGGAUGAAAUCAUUUCUGAUUAUUCAUUAAGUAAUUCAACUGUUUCAGUUGUUAAUUAAACAUCCCUUACUUAAUAACAAGGUUAAUCUAAUUCUUCAAAAAUAUUGGAUCAAGCAAAAUCUUUAGUCAAAUAAUCUGCUUCAAGACUUCCUGUAAAAAAAUUAAAAUUUUGUGGAGAUAACUAUAAAGAGAAUAAGGAUAAGGACAAUUAAGAAAAAAAAGAAAUAAAACCAACAAAUACAAAAUAAUUAGAUUCUCAAAGUGAAGCAUUAACUAGAGAAAUUGUUAAUUUAACUAAAUAAUUACAAUAAUUAAAAGUAAUUAUUAAUUCUAUAUAAGUUAUAAUAAAGAAGUUAAUAAGAAACAAUUAAGAAAUAUGAGAAGGAUACUGGUGAAAUAGUAAAAUUAUUAGAAGUGAAAAAUGAAAUGUUAAAUAAAUUAAGAAAUGAAAAUGCAGAAAUGGCAAUUAUUAUUAAUUAAGAUAAAUUUAAGAGUGUUCGUUAAUUAGAUUAAGAAUUAAAAAAAGAAAGAGAUGAUAAACUAAAAUAUUAAAGUUUAGUUUCUUAAAAAACAGAAGAAAAUUAACAUUUAAUUGAAGAACUUAAAUAAUUUAGAGAAGUUCUAUCAAAAUUAACAGAUGAAUUUGAAAGAUAUAGAAGCACGUAUAUUAUUUAAUUUAAUGUAGACAUAAUUAAAAUAAUGUAAGUUAAUCAAAAAUAGAAGCAGUUGAAUCUUCAUUUUAUUAAGAAGAAUUAAAAAUCAAAGUCUCAACUAUCAAUGAAUUAAAGAAAUAAAACGAGUAAUUGCAAGAAGAAGUAGACUAUUUUAGAAACUUAAGUUUAUAAUAAAAAAAAAUAACUGAAAAACAAGAAGAAGAUCUAGAUUUUUAUAGAGAGAUAUUAAUUAAGCAUAAAAUCAUUAAAUAAUGA